GAGAAAUGCAUCUUCGUUGUCCGAGUUAUUCGAUGGAAGCGGAAUUCCAACGCCGCUUGUUUGCACCAGAAUCGCCUUCAUCAUUCAUUUGGUAUACGAAUCCAUUAUUGCGCCGCCCCCACCAAGAGCGCCAAGAACAGAGGAGUAGUAGAAACUGGCUCCAUCUUCCGGUGGAACUCAUUCUUAUCAUCUUCGAGAAGCUCGGAGCCAUAGAGGUUCUCACCAGUGUCCAGCGAGUGUGCAUGCUCUGGCGGACCAUCUGCAAGGAUCCGUACACGUGGCGCGUGAUCAACAUGCGCGUCGUGGGGUUUCCCAAAUUCAUGGACUACCAAUUGAGUUCGCUGUGCCUCCGUACCAUCGAACGCAGCUGCGGUCUCUUGGUGGACAUAAGUAUUGGCUAUUUUGCUACCAAGUAUCUCCUCAACCACAUCGCUAAUUCUUGUGGAAGUCGUCUUCGGCGUUUACGACUUUACAAGUGCGACUACGCACGCAUAUCAAAAAGAGUGUUGCGUGACUCGGCUAAGAAGUUUCCUUUGCUUGAGGAGCUUGAAAUUACCAAUUGCCACUGUAUUCUCCCGAUUUAUUUAGAAUCUUUGGGUCAAGCUUGCCCUCUUCUAAAAACCUUCAAAUUCAGCCACCACCGACAGUAUUGUUAUGAUCACAUUUCUUCUUGUCACCUCCUCGCCGGUAAUGAAUAUGCAUAUGCUAUUGCACGAAGCAUGCCACAAUUACGCCAUCUCCAACUUGUUGAAAGCAAUUUGGAUUAUGAUGGUUUGCAUGCUAUUCUUAACGGUUGUCCACAUCUGAAAUCUCUAGAUUUACGUCACUGUAUCAACCUUGAUUUGAAAAGAAAAAUAAUAAUAGAAAUGUUGCAAGGAAGAAUCAAGGAUUUUAGACUUCCAAUUCUAGGUGCAUCAACAAUUGACUAUGAGUUUUAUUCGUUACUACCUUAUGAAAAGGCACUCAAGAAUUCGGAUUUCAACUAUUUAGUAGAGCAAUGGCAGAGGUUUCAAGAUGAAAAAAUAGCCAAACUUGAAUUAGUAGUAAAAUAUGAAGACGAGGAGGUUUGGGAGGAUAUCGAUAUGAUAUGGGUCACUAUGAAAAUUAGAAGAAGGCAAAGGCGAGAGAGUACUAAAAAUUUCAAAGCGCUUCAAAUAUUUCGCCGGAGAAAAGAACACAGUACCGUAUCCAAAGGGAAGAAACAUAGGAAAAAGGCAAGCAAGAUUGACCUCCUUGAAGCAUGUGUUUUGGAGAGGAAUUACAAUUAUUAUUCUGAAGAUUGAAUUCAAGAACAAGAGGAGGUGUGGGAGGAUAGAGAUAUCAUGUGGCCAAUUUUGAAAACUAAAAGAGGUGCAAUUGAUGAUUUAAUUUUCUAGCUAUUUUGAGCGUUUGUUAUUGGUUUUGUUGGUUGGUACAAGAUAUUAUUUGUUGAUUAGAAAUUAAAUAUGAUAUUUUUUUGUCGCAUUGUUUAUUUUCUUGUCUUGUCUUUGAUGACUAUACGAAAAAAGGUUUAUAGAUAUGUCGUAAAAGAUUUUUGUAUUUAAUAAUAUUGAGUAAACUAACUAAGAAGUGUUACAACUAUGCUUAGAAUUUUGCUUUUGGCAGUGAUAGGUUAAUAUCUUGGUCUAUGAU